AUGCCCGCCGCCCGCAGGCCGGAGGCCGGCGGCGCGGGGUCCGGGAUGGCCGCGCUCGGGUUUGCCUUCGGCAGUGGCUCGGCCGCAGCUCUCCAGGCGGUAGGAGGGUCGGGGCGGCCAAGUGAAGCUGGGGAGGGGGAUGUGGAGGCGGGGCCGGGAGAGAGCCGCGGGGGCGGGGGGCUGCGCGCGGAUUGGCACUUGAGCGGCCCAGACCCCCGCCACGUGCACGGCGUGCUUUCAGCAGCCCCAAGACUGCCCCGCGCCGCGCGGGGGCCGCUCGCCUCGGUGAGGGGACGCGUCGGCCCCUUGCUGGGCACAGCUGCGCUGGCCUCCUCUCCCGGCAGCCCAACCACAGCGCUGACUGUCGCCAAACUGAAGCGGUCCAGGCUGAAGGUGAGGUUCUGCACCAACGAGUCACAGAAGUCCCUGGAAUACCUAGUGGGGUUGCUUCGGGGACUGGGCUUUGACAUCUCCGAGGGAGACGUGACCGCCCCGGCCCCAGCCACCUGCCUGAUCUUGAAGGAGCGAGGCCUGCGGCCACACCUGCUCAUCUCUGAUGGAAUCCGCUCAGAAUUUGAUCAAAUCGACACGACCAACCCAAACUGUGUGGUCAUGGCAGAUGCAGGAGAAGGCUUUUCUUAUCAAAACAUGAAUAAGGCCUUCCAGGUGCUCAUGGAGCUGGAGAAUCCUGUGCUCAUAUCACUGGGAAAAGGACGCUACUACAAGGAGACUUCUGGCCUGAUGCUGGACAUUGGUGCCUACGUGAAGGCUCUUGAGUAUGCCUGUGGUAUUGAAGCCGAAGUGGUGGGGAAACCUUCUCCUGAGUUUUUCAAGUCUGCCCUGCGAGAGAUGGGAGUGGAAGCCCACCAGGCCAUCAUGAUUGGAGACGACAUCGAGGGCGACAUCGGCGGUGCCCAGCGGUGCGGAAUGAGAGCCCUGCAGGUGCGGACGGGGAAGUUCAGGUGAGUGCCCCCCGCGGCCGGGCUCAUCUGCCUCCCUGCCCCCUGGGUUCCCGGGGUCGCCAUGUUUUUGUUCUGUUUUCUUCUCCAAAAUAAAGGGGUUAUUAUUUCCAAGUAGAAGAGCAGUACGUGGGCAUCACUGACUUCCAUGUGACUGUCCUCUAAGGACAGGCCUGGCUGCCCUCUUAUAGCAGAGAGUGGUAAGGGAAAGCAGCUCUUGAUCCAGCUCCGAGUUCCGAAACUGGGACGUGAACAGGUGUGUAGUGGAGACAAAAAGACAGUGGCUGCGGCGUCGCAGGCCCGACCUGCAGC